CGGCAGUUCCAUAUGUCACUUUCUCAACAGGCUGCAAAAUUCCAAAUCACCAAAAAUUGGUUCUUAUCGGAUAAACAGCUGUCUCUUACCGGCUUCGUGUAUGUCAUUGUGUUCACGAGCGUCUCGCUAGAGUCGGCAUCUUACAUGUGCAAUCCCAAUGGUAGCGGAGUUAGGGUAGUGUCAACUGAAGCUGAGUGCCGUGGGCAGGCUCGUCAUUGCCUGCAAGACAAUGCCCUUCGAUGCCCGGGAAGCAACUAUCGACUCAGUCCAUCAUGCCGUUUUUUCUGGUCUAUCAACCUGUCGAGAAAUCGUCUCUGCCUUCAUCGCCCGGAUUGAGACCCUCAACAAGAACACCAAUGCGGUCAUAACGCUAAAUCCUCGAGCACUGGACUAUGCAGACUCUCUGGAUGAAAGACUCGCUGCUGGUAAUGCCAGUGGCUCUCUGUUCUGUGUCCCAGUUCUUCUGAAAGACAACUAUGACACCGAGGAAAUGCCAACAACUGGGGGAAGUUUGCGGCUAGCAGAUCUUCAUCCUACGAAAGAUGCACCGAGCGUCACUGCCUUGAAGCAGGCCGGUGCGGUCAUCUUGGGUAAAACCAACAUGCAUGAACUUGCCCUUGAGGGUCUAGGGGCUUCUUCACUAGGUGGACAGACCAUCAACCCGUACGACCAUACCCGCACUGCAGGAGGAAGCUCUUCGGGGACCGGUGCUGCUAUUGGCGCUUCGUUCGCCGUCCUCGGAACUGGAACGGAUACGGUGAAUUCCCUGAGGAGUCCAGCCAGUGCCAACUCCCUCUUCAGUAUCCGACCCAGUCGAGGUCUGAUUACCACGGCUGGUAUAAUACCAGUCUCGUAUACACAAGAUACCGUUGGACCCAUCGCUCGUUCAGUUAGAGAUGUGGCAGUGGCAUUGACCGUUAUGGCGUCAACGGGGUACGAUCCAACAUAUAAUUUCUCAGCUAUUGUACCAGCCUCAGUGAGUAACAUCGACUAUGCAGCCGCGCUGACCACUGGAGCACUUAAAGGUCUUCGAUUGGGCGUUCUCAAAGGAUUCUUUAACUUCACCGACGCGCCGAAGGUCGCCCCGGUCAACGAGGCGAUGAAUGCCAUGAUGCAGAAGCUGGAAAGCGCCGGUGCUGUUCUAAUUCCUAUCAAUGAGACCCUCUACGAUGCCGCUGUGAUCGGUGCUCAGCUCGACGUACAGCGUUUUGAGAUCCGUGAGCUGAUGGAUCAAUACCUUCAAGAUACCUCUCGAAAAGGUAUUUACCCCAAGUCGUUCAAUGAGUUCUACUCCAAGGACACAAAAGACUUCCUCGUCAUUCCCGCACAGUACGAAUACGUAAACACGGCCCUUGUUUCUUCCACCAGCAAUGCACGCUACAUAGCAAGACAGAAUGGCAUUCGAAACCUUACUCUUGCCCUCGCAUCCACUUUCGCCGGCAGCAAGCUCGACGCCAUCAUCUAUCCCGAGCAGAAAAACCUCGUCGUCAAACUCGGAUCGCCCUCUCAAGCAGGCCGUAAUGGCAUUCUCGCCGCAUUGACCGGCUCGCCCGUCGUGACCGUUCCAGUCGGAUUCUCAGAACCAACUGAAGAUGCACCUGUGGGUGUACCUAUUGGCAUGGAGAUUCUGGGGCUGCCAUGGAGUGAGGAGAAGCUUCUGAAGAUCGCAUAUCAGAUUGAACAGUUGACGCAUAUUAGGAAGUCGCCGCAGUGGGCGCUGGAGGACGUGGAAGUGAAGGAUUAUAAGCAGAUGCCGGUUGUGAGGCCGGAUAAUACGAAUAUCCCCAAGGCAUAUCCGCUGGGCACGUUGUAAGUAUACAAGGG